UGUGCCUUCGUCAUCGUCCUCAUGGCUGUGUACUGGUGCACCGAGGUCAUCCCCCUGCCUGUGACGUCCCUCUUUCCUGCCCUGUUUUUCCCUUUGUUCAAAGUCCUGGAGUCCAAGCAGGUGUGUAUCCAGUACAUGAAGGACACGACGAUGCUCUUCCUGGGGGGCCUCAUCGUGGCGGUGGCCGUGGAACACUGGAACAUUCACAAGAGGAUCGCCCUGCGCACCCUCCUCUUGGUUGGCGUCGCCCCCGCCCUGCUGAUGCUGGGCUUCAUGGGGAUCACGGCCUUCCUGUCCAUGUGGAUCAGUAACACGGCCACGACGUCCAUGAUGGUGCCCAUCGUCGAGGCUGUGCUGGAGGAGCUGCCCCGGAGCUCUGCGGCGACUCGCCGCAGGCUGGAAGCAGGCUUGGAGCCGAGGCUGGCACCCAGGGUGGUGCCCAGGGUCAUCCCUCCUUGUUUCCUUCCAGGGCAAAGCAUGGACGACAGAGACAAGAGGAAGGCCGAUAAGAUGAGAGAGAACAAGAGCACGGCCAAGGCUUUGACGCUGUGUAUAUGCUAUGCAGCCACCAUCGGAGGCACGGGGACUCUGACCGGGACCGGCCCCAACGUGGUCCUGGCAGGGCAGAUGUACUCGCUGUUCCCCGACAACGGAGACGUGGUCAACUUUGCCUCCUGGAUGAGCUUCGCCUGCCCCAACAUGAUUUUCAUGCUCCUCUUCUCCUGGGUCUGGCUUCAGUUGCUCUUCCUGGGCACCAAUUUUAAAAAGAACAUGGGCAUCGGCAUCAAGAAGUCGGCGCACGAGAAGGCCAUCUACGGCAUGCUGCGGCGGGAGUACGAGAAGCUGGGCCCCUUGACCUACGCCGAGGUCUCGGUGCUCCUCAGCUUCGUCUUCCUCAUCCUGCUCUGGUUCUUUCGCGAUCCCGGCUUCAUUCCCGGCUGGCAGUCCCUCCUCUGGGUGGAGGGAAGCAGGAGGUAUGUGUCGGACAGCACCGUGGCGGUCUUCAUUUCCAUCCUGCUGUUCAUCCUUCCCUCCCAGAGGCCCAAGUUCAAUUUCUGGAGCCAGGUGGAAGAAGAGUGGCAGGUCCCCUUCUACCCACCGCCCCUGCUGACCUGGAAGGUGGCCAAAGAGAAGGUGCCCUGGGGCAUCGUGCUGCUCCUGGGGGGCGGCUUCGCCUUGGCUAAAGGGUGCGAGGCCUCGGGGCUGUCCGAGUGGUUUGGGGAGCAGAUGGAGCCUCUGGGGCAGCUGUCGCCGGUGGCUCUGAGCAUGCUCCUCACCCUGCUCGUCGCCGCGUGCACCGAGUACACGAGCAACAUCGCCACGGCCACCCUCUUCCUGCCCAUCCUGGCCUCCAUGGCCCAGAACAUCAGCAUGAACCCCCUGUACGUGAUGAUCCCCUGCACGCUGGGCUCGUCCUUCGCCUUCAUGCUGCCCGUGGCCACGCCCCCCAACGCCAUCGUCUUCUCCUACGGCCACCUCAAGGUUUCCGACAUG